GUCGCCGUUGUAUAGGUCGGCUGUCCCCUCUUCUGCUCUACUAAGAGCCCCUGACUUCACUUUGCCAUACCCCACCCUCUGGUGGCUUUCAGAAUGACUUCCGAAAUAACGAAUCAAUUAGCAGCUACACAGCUCAGUGGCGAGGCGCCUGCCUCAGACGCCAAUUGGAAGGAUGGGCUCAAACUUCCCUCGAAAGACGUGCGACCGCAGACUGAAGAUGUGACGGCGACGAAAGGGCUCGAAUUCGAGGACUUCUUUAUCAAGCGCGAGCUGAUGAUGGGUAUUUUUGAGGCCGGCUUUGAAAAGCCAUCGCCGAUCCAGGAAGAGACAAUCCCCGUCGCUCUCACUGGACGAGAUAUUCUAGCACGCGCAAAAAACGGAACCGGCAAGACGGCCGCGUUCGUGAUACCCACCCUUGAGCGAGUCAACCCGAAGAGCAACAAGACCCAGGCCCUCAUUCUUGUGCCGACCCGAGAGCUAGCACUGCAAACAUCGCAGGUUUGCAAGACACUGGGAAAGCACCUCAACUUGAAUGUCAUGGUGUCGACAGGAGGCACUGGCCUGAAAGAUGACAUCAUUCGAUUAGCCGACCCUGUCCACAUUAUUGUAGGAACGCCCGGCCGAAUCCUAGAUUUAGCAGGCAAGGGCGUUGCGGAUCUGUCGGCGUGUCAGACUUUCGUCAUGGACGAAGCUGACAAGCUCCUAUCCCCCGAAUUCACUCCAGUCGUUGAACAGCUGUUGGGAUUCCACCCCAAAGAUCGCCAGGUCAUGCUCUUUAGCGCCACAUUCCCAAUCGUGGUGAAGGCGUUCAAGGAUAAACACAUGAACCAACCGUACGAGAUCAACCUAAUGGAUGAACUGACGCUCCGUGGUAUAACCCAAUACUACGCCUUCGUCGAGGAGAAACAGAAGGUUCACUGCCUCAACACGUUGUUCAACAAAUUACAGAUCAACCAGUCCAUCAUUUUCUGUAAUUCUACAAACCGAGUCGAACUUCUUGCCAAGAAAAUCACCGAACUUGGAUACUCAUGCUUCUAUUCGCAUGCAAAAAUGCUUCAGCAUAACCGUAAUCGUGUUUUCCACGAUUUCCGGAACGGUGUCUGUCGCAACCUUGUCUGCUCUGACCUCCUGACACGUGGUAUCGAUAUUCAGGCCGUUAACGUUGUCAUUAAUUUCGAUUUCCCAAAAAAUGCUGAGACGUACCUCCAUCGUAUCGGUCGGUCUGGUCGUUUUGGACAUUUGGGUUUAGCUAUCAACCUGAUCAAUUGGGAAGACCGUUUCAAUCUCUACCGCAUUGAGCAGGAGCUAGGCACUGAGAUUCAGCCCAUUCCACAAGUCAUUGAAAAGAACUUGUAUGUCUACGAGUCCCCGGAUACUAUUCCCCGCCCUAUCUCCAAUCCCCAGCGACCGGGUCAGAAACAAGAACAAGAUGGAUCUGGCAAUACCGUGAGAUCCAACCCGGCUCAGUACAAUAACCGCCAAAACCAUAAUCGCAACCAGCGUGGUGGUGGUGGUCAAUUCCAGCGCCGUGGUCCGGCCCAGAACCAACAAACCCGACAAAACGGACAGCAUCCGCAGCGCAACCCUCGACCGCAACCAGCGGGUCCUGCUUAACCCAAGCCAGUCCAUACCGGGUGCCUGCGGAGUUUGGUUUUGUCUGAGCAGUUUUCGUUGACCUGGACAGCAAGUCUUCUUCAAGAUAUACGUCACGAUUUCUCUAUGCCCAGGGAGCCAGGUGGUUGCAAUUGUUUUUUUGUUUUGGACUGCACAUAUUAUGGGAGUCUUGUUUUUCGUUACGAUAACGGGAGCGGCUGUCGAACGACUCAAUACGGGAUACCUGAUUUCCUUUUACUCGGGCAUGACGAAUCGAAACCACCGGCGCACAUGGAGUCUACGAUUUCCCAC